AUUCGCACCUGACACGCAGCGGAGAUUCAGGGUUCCUGCUAACUUUUACAGGUUGUGAAAAUGGAGCCUUUUUCUGCAGCAAACACGCAAUUCUCUCUCAAUCUGUUCAAGAAGAUCAGUGAGCAGGAAAAAGGAACGAAUGUCUUCUACUCUCCUCUCAGCAUCUCUUCUGCUCUGGCUAUGGUGUCACUCGGUGCCAAAGGAAACACACAAGAUCAGAUGUUACAGGUGAUGUGCCUUAACAAUCUUGUAAAACCUGACACUGUGACUCCAGCACCUAGACCACCAGCUCAGGGUGAACCUCCAAAGCUACAAGAACCCCUGAAGCAUCAGAUACCCGGUCAAGGUCAGUGUGAAGUUCCGAAGGUACAAGACCCCUUGAAGCCCCAGAAACCUGUCCACAGUCAGUGUGAACCUCCAAAGGCACAAGACCCCCUGAAGCCCCAGAAACCUGUCCAGGGUCAGUGUGAACAUCCAAAGGUACAAGACCCCUUGAAGCCCCAGAAACCUGGUCAGGGUGAACUCCCAAAGGUACAAGACCCAUGGAAGCCCCAGAAACCUGGCCAGGGUGAACUUCCAAAGGUACAAGACCCAUUGAAGCCCCAGAAACCUGGUCAGGGUGAACUCCCAAAGGUACAAGACCCAUUGAAGCCCCAGAAACCUGGCCAGGGUGAACCUCCAAAGCUGCAAGAACCCUUGAAGCAUCAGCUUCCUGCCUCUGUCAAGCAGGAGGAUCUUAUUCAUUCCAGCUUCAACAAGCUCAUGAGUGCGUUGAACAAACCAGGAGUCCAAUAUAUGUUGAGUCUUGCCAAUCGUCUCUACGGAGAGAAAUCCUACCAGUUUAUUGACAAAUUCAUUAGAGACUCACAAAAAUACUAUCAGGCUGGACUGGAGCCUGUGGACUUUAUUACAAAUGCAGAAGCUGCACGAGUCAACAUCAACAACUGGGUGGAAAAGCAGACACAAGGGAAGAUUAACAACUUGCUGGCAAAGGGGGUGGUCAGUCCAAUGACACGUUUGGUCUUGGUGAACGCCAUCUACUUCAAGAGCAACUGGGAGAAAAAGUUCCCAAAGGAAGCUACGGUUGAGAAGCAGUUUAAGUUGAACAAGAAUGAAACUAAGCCGGUGAAGAUGAUGAACCAGAAGUCAAAGUUUCCUCUGACCUUUAUCCAAGAGGUGAACAGUCAGAUCCUGGAGCUGCCGUAUGUCGGGAAGAAUCUGAGUAUGCUGAUCGUCCUUCCAAACCAAAUUGAGGAUAACACCACUGGCCUUCAGAAGCUGGAGAAAACACUGACCUAUGAGAAGCUCAUGGACUGGACCAAACCCGACAACAUGAGCGUACAAGAGGUUCGGAUAUCUCUGCCCAAAUUCAAGAUGGAGCAAACGUACAACAUGAAGAGUCUUCUGAAGAGCCUGGGAAUGGUGGAUGCUUUUGAUGCGGGGAAGGCAAACUUCUCAGGCAUGUCCCCCAACAAUGAUCUGGUGGUGUCUGAAGUGAUUCAUAAAUCUUUCGUUGAAGUCAACGAAGAAGGAACAGAAGCAGCGGCGGCUACUGGUGUUGUUGUGGGAAUCACAAGCAUACAGCAUCCACAGGUCUUCAAUGCUGAUCACCCGUUCCUGUUCUUCAUCCGACACAAUCCCACCAACAGCGUUCUGUUUUUCGGACGCUUCUGUUCUCCAUGAGCUCUUGCUGGUACAGCCUUUUGGAAAGUUUAGCUGCUGAAGGUUCUGAUUUGGUUUAAAUGAUUCUUACAGUGAUAGUUCUGGACUAGGGUUGUGGUCAUGGGUUUCUCAUAUAUAAUCAAAGCUUUCUACAUAAAAAGAGUUUGUAAGUUCUUUUAUUGUUUGUUCUUCUCAAUAAAGGGUCAACAUAACACUCCAUUGCUUGGUAUAAAAAGUUUAACGCCCAUCAAAUGCACUCUAUUACAAAAUCAAUAGAAAUAAUGAUUUUUAUUAUUUGCUUAAUGAAUUAUAUUGUAAAACCUUUUAGGUGCAGUUUGUAAUCAUUGUAAAUACAAAAAAUCUAAUAAAAUGUGUUAUAUUCAUGACGUGCAUAUAAAGUGUACAGUAGGCAUGAGAAAAGGUUAUUAAUUAUGAUAGUACUAGGGUAUAAGUUACGAUAGACUGGAUUUCAUUUAGUUUGAAUCGUGAUAAAGGUGUUAGGCAGCCAAUCGCAGUGCAAAACGAUUGCAGGUGAAUUGUGUUGUUUUUAUUCAUGUGCUUCAGUCAACCGCCUUAAAAUGUUUUCAACUUUACAACAAAAAUAGAGAAAUAGUAUUUCUACGUCAUUAAAAGCAAAUUUCUGACAUUGUUAAAUGUUAAAUUUCUUUCA